UGCCAACACACCUUGCAGCUAAGUAGUGCAGCUUGCCUGUUUGGAUCUAGUAACCCCUCGCGGCUGCGCUCCGCCAGUAGGAGCCGUUCGGCGCCCAUCGCGGUGUGUGUGUGUGUGUGUGUGUGUGUGUGUGUGUGUGUGUAUGUGUGUAUGUGUGUGUUGCUUUCAGCCUUUACUCCCAGGAAGAGUUGGCGAGACCAGCGCGGUCCUGCUGUUCCGCUGCCUGGCCAGAUUCUCUCCCGCUCCGCGUCAGUGCUGUGUCGCCCGUGGCUGUUGCGGCGUGUACGUGGCUGUCGAGGCGAGCGAAGAGCGAACGGCCCAGUGAUCAGUGGGACUUGCCGACGACCUGAGCGACGUGAUCGACGGCGUGAACGACGACUUGAACGACGUUACUGGCGACUUGAACGAUUAGGACGACCCCAUGGCCGAACUCGCGGCAGAGCUUCGACCAUACGAGGAGCGCGCGACAAAAGCUGAGGAGCGGCUGGCGAAGCUAGAGGCGAUGGUGGGGUCCCUAGGCUCGUCGGCGCUUGUUAGUGCUGAGAAGGCGGCGCUGGCAGCGUCGCUGGAGGCAGUGAAGGCAGCACUGGUGGGGGCGAGGACGCACGUGCAGCAGGCCGUGCAGGACAGCACUCAGGCGCAGUCGCAGGUGGCGCAGUUGAGUGAGGAGAAUGCGCGGCUCAAGUACCGGGUGCUGCACCUCUCACGCGCGCUCAAAGAGGCCGACGCCAAGGCCGCUGCUGGCCCCGCCGCCUGAUGCUUUAACGCCAGACUAGGCGGGUGCCACGAAGCAGCGCACGUGUAAAAGGCAAGCGUGCAUGGUUGGUUUUGGCCUGGCAUGACCUGGUGUGUCUGCCUCUUGGUCUCGGUUCGAUGGUGUGUUCGGCUUGGCACAGGCCAUACUGAAGGUAUUACCGGUAUGUUACAGUGUGGCAAGGUAUGCCAGAAACGUCUUGUGCAGUAUGAAUCUAUAUUGAGAGUAUAUGCUUGAGUAUGAGGAUUGCAAGCAUGUGUCACCAAAGGGUGUGUUCCUACACGAAGUUGGACCAGAGGGUCUGAUCUGAUCAGUGCUUGCAAUACUUGCAUUAGAUGAUGGAAACUGGUCGAUUGAGAAAGCUUGCUUUCGUUGUAGCAAUGGCAACGUGCUUCAUUUCAAAUGGGCGAUAACAACAUCCUAGUCCAGCACGUACAUACUCUCAGAAUAACCCAAUGAACUAGAA